AUGGCCCAACCUAGCCUCAACUUCUUAAAGCAAGCCAACCGCAUCCGCUCUUAUUCUGUUAACAACAAAGAUGUCCAUGCCGACGAAUACCCGGAGGAUGGGUACGAGACAGAUACUUUGGGUAUGGACGGCCCUCAGUACGUGUCGCAGAUGCACGACAAGCUAGCGCAGGAAGUCGCUGCCAACAACGCGGCCAUUCGCUAUCACAACGCACAGGUCCAGGCAUUGAACGACCAGCGGUCCGCCACUCGUCGCCGCGCCCACACUACGAACGUUCUUGACGGGCCCGGGGCUCACUUGAUGACCCACUACUUUGCCAACGAGAUGCCCACUAUACCCUCACUCGGGGGUAGCAGCUUGAGAAUGCAGGAGGAACACAAUGAACUCCCGCAGGCUGUCGCCAACAUGAGCCUUCACCGCUCCAACAGCCACAAUAAUGGCUUACUCGGCGUCAACGAGGGUGGGCUCGAGGGUCCGACCAAUGCUCUGUGGCUUGGCAACGUUCCUCUCUCUACGACAAACACAACUUUGGCCGAGAUGUUCAAGAUACAUGGUCCGGUAAAGUCAGCAAGAGUGUUGACAAACAAAAAUUGCGGGUUCGUCAAUUUCGAGAACGUCGAGAGCGCCAUUGCGGCCAAGGCUGCCAUGAACGGGAAAGAGAUAUUCCCCGGGGCCAGUCCCGUCCGUAUUAACUUUGCGAAGCCUCCAUCGCCCUCUGCCACUCCCGGCCAUGAUGGCGUCUACCCAUCCCCCAGCCCAGACCCGUUGCAAGGCCGCACGGCUAGCCAGGCCAAUGCCGGCCCCACCGCUGAGGCGUCCUCGCUUGCUCUCCCAUCCGACGAGGCGCCCACACCUCCGGCGCUUCAAACCAUCGCCAACGACAUUCUCGAAAUGAUCAAAGGUCUUGGAGCCAGCAAUGAGGAUGUUGCACGUAGCUCGGAGGUGCUGGAGAAGGCCAUGGCCUACAACGACUACAUUGACGAAAUCCCCCCUGUGCGGGAGGCGACUCAAGCUCGGGUCCAUGAUGCGCCCAAGCUGCGAGAGCUUCGCAAGCGCAUCGACAACCAAAGCCUGACGGUAUCCGAGAUAGAAGAAGCCGCCAUCGACAUGCUUCCCGAGAUUGCCGAGCUGUCAUCUGAUUACUUGGGCAACACUGUUGUUCAGAAGCUGUUUGAUCACUGCUCCGACAAUGUCAAAGAUCAGAUGCUGGCCCGGAUUGCUCCUCAUCUAGCGGUUGUUGGUUGUCACAAAAACGGUACAUGGGCUGCUCAGAAGAUUAUCGACGUUUGCAAGUCUGCGCACCAAAUGGCAACCAUUACUGAGAACAUCCAUCCCUACACCUUGCCCUUAUUCCUGGACCAGUUCGGCAACUACGUUGUUCAGGGCUGCCUCAAAUUUGGCACUCCGUACACCGAUUUCAUCUUUGAAACGAUGAUGGCUCGCAUGGCGGAACUGUCGUCCGCUCGCUUUGGCGCCCGUGCUAUGCGAGCCUGUCUCGAAAGCCACCACGCCACCAAGGAUCAGCAGCGACUGCUGGCGGCCCAAAUUGCGAUUCACAGUGUUCAUCUUGCGACCGACCAGAACGGUGCCCUUCUCCUCACGUGGUAUCUCGAUACAUGCACGCUGCCACAGCGCCGCACAGUUCUAGCUCCCCGCCUAGUGCCGUAUCUGGUUCACCUUUGUACGCACAAGGUGGCUUACUUGACCGUGCUCAAGGUCGUCAACCAAAAGGCCGAGCCUCAAGCUCGCGACACCAUGCUGGAGGCCAUCUUCUUUAACGAGCCGGUUCUCGAAGCUAUCCUCCGCGAUUCCAACUAUGGGGCGACCCUCAUUUUCAAAGUCCUCACCACGCCAUUCUUUAAUGAAGAGUAUCGCGUCCAGUGUACCGAGUCUAUUAAGACAACUUUGAUUCGCAUCAAGGCGCAGCCCAACCAGGGUUACAAGCGUCUUAUGGACGAGGUUGGCCUUUCAACGCGGACCGGACCAGGAAGUAGGGAUUCUAGCGCCCAUCCUGAACAACGACAGCGUCCCAAUUCGAGGCAUACCAACUCCAACGGACAUCAUGCGGCUCAGGGCGGUGGCAAGGGUCAGUACUAUGGUGGACAAGGCCCACACGGUAGCUAUGACGGGAGCUUUGGGUCUCAGCGCAGUGAUAUGGGCGAGCCAAUGGCCGGCUACUCUCAGAUGAAUCAGUCCAUGAUGUCGACUGGGAACGGUGGAAUACCCCCAGGCAUGAUGCCAUAUCAGCAGAACAUGCUAGGCCGCGGCGGCCCAGCGAUGAACUAUGGGUAUCAAACGACACCCGGCGGCUAUGGUGUCUACGCCAAUGGCCCCAUGGCAGUGUCUCCGGGUGGUCCUAUGAAUCAGUCUGUGCCUCAGAUCCCACAAGGUCCGGCAGCCGGCAAUUACGCGACUCCCCCUCCUGGGUUUGGGAUGUCCAUGGGCGCUGGCUACGGAUACGGCAAUACCGGCGGCAUGCCGAAUGUGGGAGGUUAUGGCCAGCCGGGCCAGGGCGGCAGACGGCACCAGCGAUGA